UUUUUUUUUUCAUUACUUACUUUGCUUUUGUCCCUUUCCUCAUAUCCCUCUUUAUUGUAUAGUAAAUUAAAGUCUAUUGUAUUGUAUCCCUGUAUAAAUAUACUGUUAAAAAUUAAUUGCAUUAGAGUUAGUACGCUCAAGUUUGCUCAAAUCUCAAUAUAUUCAUAUAAAUAUUUAUUUAUAUUUUGUAAUAGAUAAAAAAAUUUUUUUUUUUUAUAAAAUAUAAUGUUGAAACUAGGUGCAUUAUUCUAUAUUAUUACACUCAGUUUAAUUAUAAUAGUUUGGUAUUCUCUAUCAAGCAAGAAUAAUUCCAUACAUCAAUUAAAGGCUUUGGCUAUUCAUGAUUGGAGUACGAGUCAAUUAGCUUCGUCUCAAGUCCCUUCCUCUUCUUGGCUUGUUUGGACAGGACAAUAUCCCGAGAAAUUUAAGCAAUUACCUAUUACGAACGUAAAAAGAAAACAAAGUGGAUAUUUUUUACAUAUUACCGAUAUGCAUGUUGAUGUCGAUUAUCUUGAAGGAGCUACUGUUCAAUCGGUUUGCCAUGAAUUACCUGAUUUAUCAAUUUCGAAAAAAAAGAAGCCUUCACAAUUAGCUGGAAAAUAUGGUACACCAGGUCAAAGAUGUGACGCACCUAUUUUAUUAGCUGAAGAAACAUUAAAAUGGAUAUCAAAAGAAUGGAAGGACAAGCUUGAUUUUGUCAUUUGGACAGGCGAUAAUGCAAAACACAAUUGGGACAAAAAACAUAAUAAACGUAAAAGACGAGAUGUAUAUGAACUUAAUCAGCGUGUCACAGAAAUGAUGUUGGAGACUUUCUGGAUUCAUGAUAAAAUACCCGUUGUUCCUAGUUUUGGUAAUAAUGAUGUUUACCCUCAUAAUCGAAUAGGCGGUGCAGAUACAGAUGGAGAUUUAUUAAUGUUUUAUGAGCAAUUAUGGCGUGCGUGGAUACCUUUAGAUCAACGGUCCACAUUUCGACAAGGUGGUGGUUAUUUUAUGGUCCAGGUAGCACCUCAUCUUCAUGUCAUCUCUCUCAAUACCAUGUAUUUUUAUACCAAAAAUCGUGCAGUUCAUAAUUGUCUUCAUCCCGACAGUCCUGCUACUGUACAAUUUCGUUGGUUUGAAGAACAAUUAAAAUGGGCUCAGAAACAUGAGAGUGGUAAGGAAAAAAUCUAUGUUAUCGGGCAUGUUCCUCCUUCACCUCGUGAUUACAAAGGCACAUGUAUGGCAGAGUAUCUACGUCUUGCCACAGCCUAUUCAGAUGUUAUUCUCGGUCACUUUUUUGCUCAUCUUAAUAUGGAUCAUUUCUUGUUAUUUGAUAGUAGACAUAAUGAAGAUGAUGAUGAUAAGAGUGCUCAGACAUGUAACAUGACGAUGGUAGAGGGUACUGCAGAUAAGGACGAUGACCAUGAAUUAUUUCAUACAAACCGGGAUAUUGAGUCUUAUCUAACUUGGUUACGUAAAAUGUAUGAGAAGAUUGAACCCUCAGAUGAUAAAACGUCACCUCCAGAUAGUCAUGCCUCACUUGUUGCUAUUCAAGUGGCCCCCUCUGUUUUACCUGUUUAUUAUCCAAGUAUUCGUAUUUAUAAAUAUAAAACGACACCAGAUGAUAAUGAAGGCAACACUACUAUGACUGAAUCAAAGCCUUAUGGAGCCUUACUAAGUUAUUCGCAAUAUUUCGCUAAUCUUACAAAAUGGAACACGGCUUCUGAUGAAGAGAAAAACUUGGAAUAUGAAUUUGAAUAUUCAACUGCAGAGGCAUAUCACAUGAAAGACCUAAGCCCUGAGUCCUUUUUUGAAUUAGCAAAAUCAAUGGUAACAGAUAGUGAAAAAGGUCAUCAACUUUGGUCUAAUUUCCGGAACCACAUGUUAGUCAAGACUCAAACUUUUGAAUAAUAAUAAUAAUAAUAAUAAUACUUGUAAUAAUUAUAAUAUUAAUAAUGAUAAUAAUAAUAAAAUUGUUUACAU